GUUCCUUAAACCUCGCAAAACCUCGGGGAGAGAGAGAGAGAGAGAGAGAGAGAGAAAUGCUUCGGUCCGUUCUGAGAGGCAAAUCGGCGACUGGCCUGAAAUCGGCUCAGCCAUGGAGUCUCUCGUGGAAGAUGAAUUACGCGGCGAAGAACACAAGCACCAAGUCCAACGUCAAAAAGGCCAAGAAGACUAAAUCCAAAGGAGAUGCUGACGCGUCGAGCGACGCCGCCGCCGCCGCCGAGAGAGAUGUUGAUGCGGCUCUCUUCGAUGAUAACGCAAGGGCUCGCCGGCUCGCUGCAGAUGAGAAUAAUCCGGAGUUGGAUGCGGGUCCCAAUGGCCGACCUCUAUUCACCUCCACUCCUUCACUCUCUCAGCUCACUCGCAAGGAUACCUGCAGCUAUUACAAGUUCAAAAUGGAGGAAUUGAAUGAGGUAUUGCCGGAGGGUUUGCCGAUGGGAAUGGUGAAGGAGUUCGAGGAGUCAAUGCGAAGCGCUUUGCUGAUUCGGCAGAGUUUUCUUGAUCUUCGUGAUAAUUACCGUAGAAUUGUGGAUCCACCAUUGUGGUUGCCCAGUAGUAAAGGUGUAAAAAUAAAAAAGCAGAUGGUCUUGGAUGGCCAUGUUAGCUGUGGGAAGAGUAUCGUGCUUGCCAUGCUUGUUCACUGGGCUCGUGAUGAAGGUUGGUUGGUUUUUUAUGUCCCCAGAGGCUGGGAGUGGACUCAUGGAGGAUUUUUCUAUAAAAAUCCACAAACGGAUCUUUGGGACACACCAGUUCAGGCUGAAAAUGUUCUCAAGGAUUUUCUAAAAUUUAAUGAGAGCCAUUUAAAAAAAUUGCCGUGCCAAAUACUAGAUCCUAUUCCACUGGGAGAGGGUGCUGGUGUUGGAUGGAUGAAAGAUGGAAUUGAUUCCAUGACAAUGCCUGAAGGUUCAAGUCUAUAUGACCUGGUCGAUACAGGAAUUAAACACACUCAUGCAGCUGUAGGAGUGGUAGUUCGUUUGCGGAAAGAAUUAUCACUUGUGAAAGAUAUCCCUGUGCUUAUUGCAAUUGAUCAGUAUAAUAACUGGUUUACAUUCAGUGAGUACGAGGAAGCUGUAACUGUUCGUUCUACUCGUCCAAUACAUGCAAGGGAACUUGCUAUGGUGAAAGCUUUUAGAUCUAUGAUGCAUGAUGACAUGAUGGUGGGUGCUUUCUCUCAUUCAACUGCAGUUGGAAAGCUACGUCAAGAGUUGCCUGAUGUUCCUGUAGAUGCUCGUGUUAAUCUUCCUCGCUACACUUUAGAUGAAGCAGAAACAGUUUUCUAUUACUACCUUAGACAAAGACUAUUACGUCGAGAAGCAUUCUCAGAGGAGAGCUGGAAGAAGAUCUAUUACUUGUCUAAUGGAAAUGGAGCUGAGAUGAGAUGGUUAGCUCCUUUGAUGCGGUAACAUUUAGGAAGAUAUUCUCGAUAUCUUUUGAUAGUUUUGAAAGAGCUUUUUGUUUUUAUAGCUUCUAAAAUUCAUCUCCUUAAUCAAAUUAAAUAUGCUACUGUUGAUUGAAUACAUGAAAUCUGAUGAUGCCGGAAAAAAUUGGCCAGUUUCCUUCAUUCUGUGACUUUGAGUGGUUAUCAUUUUUAUUUGGCCAUCAAGUCUAAACAUGAUGUACCAUAAAUCAAUCAUUUCCUUGAAGUCUUUUCUUUUUA